CACGCAAAUCAUUAAAGCUAAUAGUUGAAACUGAUCUUUUUAUGCCUAUUUAAGAUACCGAUAAUCUGUUAUUUUGCGUAAUAGAGGCUCAAUCAGUAAACGUUCAACAUGAUUAAGUUACUUCUUUUCACCGCUGUAGUCGUAGCAGGGGUUGUAAGCGCCGAGGAACAAGUUGCACAACUGUCUCAAAACUAUGAGAGCACAGACUACAUAAGACAUUAUGAACCAUACCCUUAUCACGACAGGAGAGAUAAUAGACAUGAUAGACACCAUCAUGAUCGUCACCAUUCGCACAGACAUAGAGGCCACGACGACCGCCACCACCGUGACAGGCACGAUCACCGCGACAGACAUGAAUACAUCCCAUACCAUCCUCCCACUCCAUAUGUAGUUCCUAAAGUAGAAGUCAAUUACUUGAACCACGACGUUGGACACAGUGGCUAUUCGAAAGCUGUACAUUAUCAUGACAGUCACGUUCCUGUCGUGCCUAAACCCUAUGUACCUCCUGUUCAUCACACUCCCUACGUAGAAAGAAACUACGCUACACCAAACUAUGGAAUCAGUCAUUAUUCACCCGUAAAAGAAUCAUACAGUCAUUAUCCUUAUGCAGAACGGAAAUAUGAAAAUAGCUAUGAACACAACUAUGGAUACAGCUACCCUGAAAGAGACUACAUUCCUGUUAAAGAACCUGAAGUCGAACCAUACAACUAUUACAAUCCAUAUGGUAGUUACGACUCGUAUAGAGGAUACGACAAUUAUUAUUAGAUGAAUAAAUCUUGACUGAACGAUAUAUUCUCCGGCCAGCUUUAAUUUUAACGCUAAUUGUUUUUAAAUUUGAUAUUUUGUUUCUAUAUAUUUGUAUCACUUAUUUUUUUAUAAAUUGUUGCAUUAAAAAUUAAAAAUACUUA